GCGCUCUGUGGCGCUCAUUUUAGCGGUUUUUGGGUCCCUCCUUCCAGAUCGUGUGCAAGACCCCUUUGUCCAGAGGUGUACGGAUCGAAGAAUCUCAAAGGAGCGGUUCUAAGGGCGUAAUAUUCAUCGCAGCCCCGGCACUGACAGUGGCAGUAUUGUCCAGGUCCCUCGUCCCCGUUUCCCCGUUGUCUGCGCUCGCUUACUUGGAUGGCUGUGCCCACGCUCAUGCACCAGGCUUAGGUGUCCAUGACUGCAGAAAUGGAUAUGGCCCUCAUGCAGGGCUGUGUGACCUUUCAAGAUGUGGCCAUUUGCUUCUCCCAUGAAGAAUGGAGACUUCUUGAUGAGACUCAGAGGCUCCUGUACCUCAGUGUUAUGCUGCAGAACUUUGCACUCAUAAACUCCCAGGGUUGUGGGCAUAAAACAGAAGAUGAAGAGCGAAGGGUUUCUACACGAGCGUCAAAGGGUUUGAGAUCCGAGACCACACCGAAAACUAACCUCUGUGAAAAGUGUGUCCCGAUUCUGCAAGACAUUUUGUGCCUGCCUGGUCUACCUGGGCAGAAACAUAGUACAGAGGCAAGUUCAAAAGUUGAUCAGCACCAAGACCAUAAUAGUACAGGAAAACCCUUGGAGAAGAAUGCUGACAGGUCUUCAUACCUGUUCUACCUGUCAGCAAAGUCCUUCCCCAGUUGGGAUGUUGAAAAAGACCUCCCAGAUAUACUGAGCCUUCUGAAGUCUCAGGUCUGUCCCAAAACUAAGAAGUACAGAAAAAGCACUGAGGGUAGGAAAGAAACAAGUCAUGAAAGUGACAAGUCAGAAGAGUGUCAGAGCCUUUCCAGUCAAAAGCAAACACUUGCUCACCACCCAAAAACCUCCAAUGGAAAGAAACUUUAUGAGUGCAGCAAAUGUGGAAAGACCUUCCGUGGCAAAUACUCCCUUGAUCAACAUCAGAGAGUCCACACCGGAGAGAGGCCUUGGGAGUGUAGAGAUUGUGGGAAAUUCUUUAGCCAGACCUCCCACCUGAAUGAUCACCGUAGAAUACACACUGGAGAGAGGCCUUAUGAGUGCAGUGAAUGUGGGAAAUUAUUUAGACAGAACUCCAGUCUUGUUGAUCACCAGAAAACUCAUACUGGAGCAAGACCAUAUGAGUGUAGCCAGUGUGGGAAGUCCUUUAGUCAAAAAGCUACACUUGUUAAACACAAGAGAGUUCACACUGGAGAAAGGCCUUACAAGUGUAGUGAGUGUGGGAAUUCCUUUAGUCAAAGUGCCAUUCUUAACCAACACCGGAGAAUUCACACUGGAGUAAAGCCUUAUGAAUGUAGAGAAUGUGGGAAAUCUUUUAGCCAAAAAGCUACCCUUAUUAAACACCAGCGAGUUCACACUGGAGAAAGGCCUUACAAGUGUAGUGAGUGUGGGAAAUCUUUCAGUCAAAGCUCCAUCCUUAUUCAACACCGGAGAAUUCAUACAGGAGCAAGGCCCUAUGAGUGUAGCCAGUGUGGAAAGUCCUUUAGCCAAAAGUCCGGUCUCAUUCAGCAUCAGGUAGUUCACACUGGAGAAAGGCCAUAUGAAUGUGACACAUGUGGGAAUUCUUUUAGUCAGUGCUCUAGCCUCAUUCAUCACCAAAAAUGUCAUAACGCUUAAGAAACCUCAUGAAAGCAGCAAAUGUGGAUAAGCCUUCAGCUGAAGGCCUAACAUCAUUUAGCUCCUCCAAAUCCGUACUUGAGAAAAAGCCUUAGAUUUAUAGGGAAUGCCCUCUUUUUGGUUUUGCUUUUGUUUUUUGUUUUUUAAAGUACUAUGACACUAGAACCUUUGCAGAGGAUCCAACUACAAUGUAAGGUUGAUCUUCCAGUAUCCAGGAAUCAGAUUCCUCAGGAAUUCAGGCACAAGUAGGUUCAGCAACUGCUUUGCCCAUCCUGAACUGGCCAAGACCUUUGCCAUUUUUGUACCAGUGUUUGUGGUAGAAGCUAUCAGUCGUUCUCUACCACAUGACCAGUGUGCAAUGAUUACACCAUCAUGGUAAGGAAAGGCAAACUGCAGAUUGCCUGGAAGAAUUCUUCAAUGGAGGAUUUAUGGAAAAUUGGUCCCCCAGUUUUAACUGAUUAAAAUGUGGAUAUGACUAAGAUUUCACCAAGAAGAUCAAAUUUAUUGUCUGCUAAAGAUGUCUAGAAUUUGCUUCCCUGCUUCUUUUAAAAAGUAGCUUUUAAUCUGUGUCACAUGACAGUUAGGUGAAUGUUUCCAGCCUUCUGAUUAUCAGUUGGUCACUGCCUUCUCCCCGUUGCUCUGAUUUGUACACUGAUAAAUGCCUUAUCCCUAAAGCUACCUUACUCUUAAGAGUGCAGUUUACUAAGUGGGAAGGCUGGUAAACAGACUGAUCAUUUUAGGAAAGAAUGGAAAGCUUUUAUAGAGGGUCUCAACUUGGUUUACCUCUGCACGGACAGCAAAAUAAAGAAAGCAAAUUUGUAUUGCUUCCCAGGCCAACAGCUGGGACUUCUUUAUUAUAGUUUAUGAAUAACUGAAUAAGUAUUCAUGUACAUGAAGAUCUAGUUGAAAACUUUCUGUGAUCAUCUCAAGAAGAUGUCUGUUAUUUCCAUAAGCUCCUUUACUUGUGGAAAUGAAAUGAAUUGGCUCAUUUCUUUUUCUCAAAGGAUGUCCUAAAAAUGCCUAUGAUGCAGAGAGACAGCUCAUAAAGCUGUAUAAAGAGUGUGCCUGGAUAGGAAUUAUUCCAUAGGCACCAGCCAAUAAGAUGACCACUCAUGAGGUGAUCAGAGCUAGAUGUGAAUCAUCAUUGGCAUACAAAAGAUGGGUAUAGUGGAGUCUUCAGCCAGCCAGAUGGAAUGUGACUCUUUUAAAAGUGCACACAAUCUUUGUCUUUGGCUGAAUUCACAGGACUUAAAGAUCUUUGUAUUUACAAUAGCUGAGGUCAUUGUCAAAAAUGGUAUGGUUUUGUGGGAUAGUGGAGUUUAACUUGAUCAUUUACCUCCAGUCUUGUUAUAGAGAUAGGAAAAUAAGGAAAUGAAGAUUCUUUAGUCUUAGAAUGUAGCUGUUAUAAUUGCAUUCCAGCUGCUGUGUUUGCAGUCUGGUAUUCACAAAUGUCUCUGCCAUUUCCUGCAUUAACAAAAGGCUGCCCUUAUCUGUAUAUGAGGACAGAGUUCAAUCAAAAUGGGGGAUACCAAGCCUUCUGGUUUGCAGAAAUUAGGAGUUCUGAGCUUUGUACUUUGAGUCACUUUUUAUAAAGUUUAUCAAUGUUUUAGUGAAAUGCAGUCAACUCUGAUUUAUCCUUGAAAAAAAUCUUAAAAUCAUCUUUGUGAUGAUGGACUUGUCUGUGACUUACCUCACCCUGUUAAGAUCUCCCUUGUGUUCUCGGACUUGUAAGUGUUGAAUAGCUUAUAUUUGGCUCUUAAGAGUGCAGUUUGUGAAUGAAAACAAAAGGUUUUUUUUCCUUAGAUACAGUGUCUUUUAGGAAUACAUAAUUAUUUUGAGAUUCAUCACUGCUGCUUUUUAAUAACUUUAUAGUGCUAUACCAUGUUUGGUUUUGUAACUAUACAACAAUUUAUUGAUCUUUUUUAUUCAUUCGGCUCUUGGUUGAAUCCUUUCUUGAGCUGUUACAUAUUAUGGAUAUGAGCAUUUGAUUCAAUAUGCUUACAUUUUUAAAUUCCUCUCGAGCCAGUAAUUAAGUAUAUGUGAAUGCUUCUAUUUUUAAGAAAGUGUCAAACUGGUAUAGAUUGCUCUAGAUCAGUGGUUCUCAACCUUUCUGAUGCUGCAAUUCUUUAAUACAGUUCCUCAUGCUGUGGUAACCCUCAACCAUAGAAUUAUUUUUGUUGCUACUUCACAACUGUAAUUUUGCUGCUGGUAUGAAUUGUAAAUAUUUGUGUUUUCCUAUGGUCUUAGGUGACACCUGUGAAAGGGUCAUUUGACUCCCAAAAGGGUCACGACCCAUUGAGAACAACUGAUGUAGACAGUGUAUGAACAUUCUUGCUAGUACUUGUGUGGUUAAUGAGUUUGCUUUGAGCCAUUUGAAUAGCUGUAUAAUAACACACUGUAUAGUCUUAAUUGCUUUUUUCGUGUUUCAUGAUACUGAAUAUUUUUGUGUGUUUACUUGCCAAGUGUAUUUUUUAAAACUUGUUUUUUUGCCUAUUUUCAAGUGAAAAUUCAUGUUACUGUCCUUUUCAUUAAUAAAUAGAUGUACACUAACAA